AUGGCUGGUUUUUCGCAUUUAAUCUCUUCUCUGGUCUACCUCGUGAUUCUGGCAUGUGCAACGGCUUCAGAUCGACCUCAAUUCACUCCAAACCAUGGUUCCACGUCGGCUGUUGAGCAGCUUCCAACGAGCGCAAUCACACCUGCACCGGACCAUGAGCUCGUCCUGAGAGCGACUGCCCAAACCAGAGACCCUCGCCUAUGCGGAUUCGUCUCCGGCGAGUCGGGAAUGCCUUACAUGUGCCAACCGCAGCAGUCUUGCCUGUGGAACUCCGAGCUCUCCGUUGUGGGGUGUGGUACCGCUUGGGCGUCUACCGCGUGCCUUGACUACACCCAUUAUCUCAGCGGUUCCUGCAACUCGAUGAACUCGCGCACAGGCUGCUGUAUGAACUCGGAGUACCCCUCGUGCGUUACCAACAGUUUCACAGGGUCAAUCAAGAACGGCUACUACUUGAUCAACUGCGCCAAACCCGGGAACAUCGGAAAUUUCCUGGCCUGGGAUGCCACCACGACUGGCUCUUCGUCGUCCACUCAGGUCAUCGCAGGCGCAGCGGCAGAAACCCAGGUCGGUUCAGCAACAUCGCCGACUGGAGUCACGCCGACGUCAAACACUAAUACCGAGUCCGGGGGCAUUACAACGUCCGAUAAGAUAGCAAUCGGUCUCGGAGUUGGGAUCGGCCUGCCUGCCACAAUUGCGGCUAUUCUGACACUUUGGAUCUCACUCCGCAAUCGCAAUAAGUACUCGAUCGUGGGCGGCUAA